CAUCCUCAUUCAUUUCAUUUCAUUUCCUUCUUCUCCCAAAGCGAUUAAGAGCUCCGCUCCCUCUCUGCCCCGUCCAUCUUACCUCUUCUGUUUCUCUUGCUGCCGCCGGCCGCCGGAGUCUCAGACAGCGGGAAAGACCGACCGGCAGCAGAGCUACUUUCACUAUCCGAUAUACACAAAUUAAAGGAGCAAACACCAUGCAACAUACAGGAGCCUUCGUCUUUGGCAUUCUAGGUAAUGUCAUAUCAUUUAUGGUCUUCCUGGCUCCUGUGCCAACGUUCUGGCAGAUACACAAGAAGAAGACGAGCGAGGGCUACAAAUCGCUGCCAUAUCUGACGGCACUCUUCAGCUCCAUGCUCUGGCUCUACUACGCCCUCCUCAAGAAACAAGACGCUCUCCUUCUCAUGACCAUCAAUGCCUUCGGCUGCGUCAUCGAGACCAUCUACACCGCCCUCUUCAUCGCCUACGCACCCAAGAAAACUCGGGUGCCGACUAUAAUGUUAUUUCUCGGAUUAAACGUGGUGUUGUUCUCAACGGUGCUUCUGGUUAUACAAUUUGUGGUGAAGGAAGACUACAAGGUGAACGUUCUCGGCUGGAUUUGCGUUGGUUUUGCCGUCAGCGUCUUCGCCGCACCGUUGAGCGUCAUGGCAACGGUGAUCAAGACGCGAAGUGUAGAGUUCAUGCCAUUCUCCCUUUCCUUCUUCCUGACGUUGAGCGCGGUUGUGUGGUUUGGGUACGGUGUAUUCAUCCACGAUCUUCGUGUCGCUUGCCCGAACGUUUUGGGCUUCGUGUUUGGGCUGGCCCAGAUGACGCUGUACGCGGUUUACAGAAACGCCCACAUCGCCGACGAGAAGAGGGAGAAAGAAAAGCAGUUUGAGCUAGAGCAGCAGAAGGACAAGUUGCCGGUGAAGAUGAAGAGCAUUCACCGGAGGAGCGGCCUGGGUACGCCUGAGGUUCACCCGGUCGACGGUCACAGCAACGACGACGACGACAGCGACGACGAAAUUCGAGGAAAGGGUAACAAUAACGGCGGUGGAGGGAGGAAGGAUCAAGAUGACUCUCCGGUUUGAAGUUUGCAAGUCGACAACAAAACAGCUUCAUCACCAUCAUCAAUUGUUCUAAGAUAAAUGCGAAAAUUACUUACUCUUUUUAUCUCUUAAUUUUCUUGGCUUCUGUUUUCCUGUUUUUUUUUUUUUUUUUUAAUUCUAAAGAAGAAGCUAAUGAUCGUCGCUUUGUACCUCUAUUUCUUUUUCUUCUUUUUGGUAAUUUUGGUACUUUGUUUUCUUUUUUAAUGUAAUAUGGGGGAAACAAUGAAGUAUAUAUAAUCUU